GAGCUGGUUCGCGCGCUUCGAUGGAGAGGGCGGCCACGCUGCAGCUUCCAGACCGCGCGUCUGGGGUGGGGCUGGUGUGGCGCUCCAGGGUUUUUCUGGUGUAGUCUUUGCUUGUUGGUUUGCUUAUUGGUCUGGGGCUCUGCGUGCGUGGUAUGCAUGGUGGCGGAUGCCGCGGUCGGUUAUGGUGAUGAAGUCCCCGGUCCUCUUUUUGUGGUGUAGUGCCUUCGCCUUGUUGUCCCCACCUUGGUGCGCCUUGUCUACGAGUAUGCCAGCGCGGCGUCUGCGGGUGGCAGGUGGCGCUGCGGGCGAUUCGCGUGCCGUUGGCAUGGUAAAUGGCGGUCGGGAACCGAACCAAACGGAGGCGAUUGGUGGCCCGUCGAGGGUCGGUCAGGAAGGGACUCGGAGCAGGGUAGAGGCCAAGCCUGAGUGCGCUGCUGGGGCCGCACAACCUGGGAAGCCCCAGCAUGUUGUGUUUUAUUUCGGGAAGGCCACACAAGGCAAGGGCGACGCAUUGCGGCGAACAAUAGAGGCGAACGCCGCGGCCCAGUGGGUGGCGCUUCGUCACCGUUUUGGCGCGCGCUUAGUCGUUUUGGACUUCGGAGCGAUCUGGGCGCGCCAUAAUGAAGCAACCCGAGAGGCAGCGUCACGACUUCGCUUCUCAACCACGCAGCGGGUGCCAGUGCUUUCGUCUAUGUAUGAGGAGGCGCAACGCCUGUGUCCCGACGCUGCAACUUAUACCUAUGUGAAUGCUGAUAUAGUUUUCCUUGGGCCUUCCUUAGUAGUCACUGCGGAUCGCCUCGUCGAGGAGUCCAGAAGUGGUUCUGGCCUCUCGACGAGGUUUCUCGCAGUAGGCAGCCGGCGUGAUUUUAGUUGGCGGCCUGGGUGGCGAUGUGAUGCCCAGGGCUUCAAUGGUGCGGUGAAUGCUGCGCAGGCAUGCGGCGAGUCUAGUUGGGACGCAAAAAUUUACUCCGGCCGUGGAAGUGACUUCGCUGACGGUGAUGGCGGUUCUUUUCGGCUGGGUGACAUCUAUCGCCAGGCGCAGGAUGCGGGCGUCUUGGCGCAGGACUAUUUCAUUGCCUCGCGGGGUAUGGCUGUGCCUCCUCUUGGGUGGUGUUAUUGUACAUCUCCAAGAACGUAAGGCCCAUGGUGGGAUAGGUUAAAGCCUAGCGCUGCCCCUGUGUCAGGUCGCUGCCAGCGCUCUGAGCGAUUUGCACUGCCGACGCCCCUGAGGCGCCACCGCCAGGAGGCAGCUUCUCGUAGGUUCGUAAGGGUGGCUGACGUUCUCCCGCCUCAAGGUUCAGGCACGCCCGUCGAUGUUGGUCUUCUCGUGGGAGUUCGUGCUUGCGGUGCCCGCUCUUCGUGUCUUGGUGUGCGGGAGGUGUAUUCCGCACCCCCGGUCGGAAACGCGCGCGCAGGCUGCUCCCAUAUUUUGCUCAGGCUUUGCCUGUUAUGUUGCCAGCUUUUUGCCAACUUUGACGCACAUUCAUCUUGCCAGCCUUUUCGCAGCUUCUGUGCAGUUGCUGCCAGCUCACUGUGGCGCAUGUGGAUGACCGAAAGAGAAACGAGCGAGAACACGCCCCGGCCUUUUCGCUUGUUUUUCCGGUCAUCCGUCUGCCUAAAAAGGUCGCGGGCUUUGUACGGGCUGAAAGAAUGCGUAAAACUUGGCAAGGCUUGUGCAAUAGUUGGCAAUCGUUGGAGGCGCGUGCCCGCUGGCUGCUGCGUAAGCCUGCUGCACGGGUGACGAGCCCGCCGGCCUUUUGUCCAUGUUUUCCCCAUUCUCUGCCCGUGCGUCAGUCUGACUUUUUCUUUUGCUCAUCUGCUGCCCAGCGUCCUUUUGCUAUGUAUGUGUGUGAAAAGUUUCGCAGACUUUUGCCAACUUUUGCCAGCCCUUACCAACAGUGCAAAACGGAUUCAAGCCACCCAGAAAAGGAGGGAGAAGAUACGGAACGAGGGCAGCCUUGUUAGAAAGAAGAGGGGUGGGACGUUAUAGCCGUUUGGAGGGUUUGGGUUCGUCGGGGGAUCGGUUCUGGUGUUCUGCUUGAGCGGGUUAGUCGCGGCCUGUGGGUUCGCGCGCGUGUGUGUUCCUUUUUCGGUGCCAUUUGUCGCCUAGGCAGCGGCGCCGCACGCUGAAGCGCUGGACUGCACCUAGGGCAGGGCUUUGUUGGCUGGGUUAUUGUGGUUUUGGCUACCGGCUUGCCCAAGAUUUACAGCGGGCGGAGCCCUCAGUGAUGCGCGCGUCUUCCGUCGCGCAUUCUCUCUGCGCCGGUCUGCCUCAGUGCGCGGUCGUGCUUUGUAUGUUGGGCAUGGCUUUUUCGGCCUGAUAGACUGUUUAGUACGGUUCGGGAGGGCUCUUGCUUUUUGACGCAAGUUGGCGCUUGCUGGUGGCCUCGGACUCACUCCUCGAAGCGCGGGCCCCCUUCUGAUGAUGCCCACAGGACCUGGGGGAGGCUUUGGCAGGGUUUAACUGCUUAUCUGGAAGUCUGAUUCGCGUUGGGGCGGGCUUGGUGUUGGUGGUCGUCUUCGUCAUGGGCCCCCGGCAUUGUUUUCCAAAAGCAGCGCGCAGGGCGCUGCGCAGGUGGUUUGGCUGCCGUUUCUCGUUGCUUGGCUUUCGGCUUGUGUUCGAUCGGUUUGAAACUCGACCAGGGCAUGGGCUCUCACAGCGCUACCGGGCUCGGGCAAGCCAGCUUGCCGCUUUGGUGACAGAAGAGGGGGUGGCGCAGCGCUUUUUUAAAGGCGGAGUGUAUUCCCGUGCCAGUGGUUUCGUUUCGUUCUGUGCCACUACUGGGUGUCGGUGGGUCGGGUUCUUGGUCGGUGAAUAAUAGCGCCCCGCUUCUGAGAGUCAUAGGAAGCCUCUGGGAUUGGCGUGCUUCGAUCCCGGAAUUUAUUAUCGGUCGCGUUGGUUUUGAUAACUGGUUAGUUGACCAUGCUUUCCACCUUGCCCCAGCAGUGUCCCUUGUCGAUGUGUCUCGAAGUGUCAUGGCCUUGCACCAGAGCGACGAGAAGGGCAGCUUCUCGGGUUUUCAGGCGCCAGACACGCAUUGGAAUUACAAGAUCGCAGCGAGACACGCAGAGCGGAAUAGACUGCCACCGAAUUAUUUUGCACACGGUGCUAUAUCCGGGGCGCCGUGGUCUUCUGCUCUACAAACAGUGAACGGCACCGCCUGUCUUCAGGUCGUUCUCAAGCGCGGAAACCUCCGAACGAGAUGAACAAGAAGCAGCUCGCGUCGCGGCUGGUGCUAUCCAUCAUGAAGCGCCCCGAUCUUCGCGCCCGUUGCCAGCGCCUCGCCCCCAGCUUGGUGCAUUAGCAUACACCAUCACGUCUGCCACAUUAUCCACACCAGAAACCAGGGAGAAAAAACGCCCGCGAAGCGGUGAAGAAUACCGGCACGCGCAGGCCAUGACUGAGCGCAACCAAGCGCAAAGAGGUCGCGAGCGCUUCUGAGUAUCCCCGUCGGCUAUUGUAUUCGGCCUUGGGUGAGGCGGUGGCGCGCGGGUGUCUUUUCUCUUGCCAAGGGGGCCACGUGAGUGCGCACGCGUAAAGUGAGGGCGGAGGAGGG